AUGAGCGCCAACGGGCCCGCCCCAGACCCGGCCCCCGUGGCCCCAGAAGCCCCUCCUGCCUCAGUCCCUGCCCCUGCUCCGGCACCAGCUCCAGCUCCUGCGGCACCACCCGCUCCUCCUGCCCAGCCUGCCCCAACGUCCUCUACCAUCCCGGUAGGUGCGUUGGCACAGAAGAAGCGGCAGCAAUAUGCCAAAAGCAAGAAACAGGGCAGUAACGCCAACAGCAGGCCACCGAGGGCUCUGUUCUGCCUCAACCUCAACAACCCAAUACGCAGGGCCUGCAUCAGCCUGGUGGAGUGGAAGCCAUUUGAUAUCUUUAUAUUAAUUGCUAUUUUUGCCAACUGUAUGGCCUUAGCUGUCUAUGUCCCCUUCCCUGAAGAUGAUUCCAACUCCAUAAACCAUGACCUGGAAACAGUUGAGUAUGCCUUCCUCAUCAUUUUCACAAUUGAGACCUUUCUGAAGAUUAUCGCUUAUGGUUUGGUGAUGCACCAGAAUGCGUACGUGAGAAACGGUUGGAACAUGCUGGAUUUCGUCAUUGUCGUCAUAGGACUCUUUAGUGUUGUCUUGGAGGUUUUGACCAAAGAUGAUAAGGUGGAGGAAGUCGAAGGACUUGAAAACCACCCGUCAAUGCACGGCCACGGGGGUGGUAAGCCAGGUGGAUUUGAUGUUAAAGCCCUUCGAGCCUUCCGUGUGCUGCGACCCCUGCGGCUGGUCUCAGGAGUACCCAGUUUACAGGUGGUGUUGAACUCCAUCAUUAAAGCCAUGGUCCCUCUCCUUCACAUUGCCCUACUGGUCUUGUUUGUCAUUAUCAUCUAUGCCAUUAUCGGCCUGGAGCUUUUCAUCGGUAAAAUGCACGCAACCUGCUUUAUGCCUGGUUCAGAUGCGAUAGCAGAGGAGGAACCAGCUCCAUGUGCGAUCUCAGGGCACGGGCGCCAAUGCCCCAUCAAUGGCACCGAGUGCAGAGAAGGCUGGCAAGGUCCCAACGGUGGCAUCACCAACUUUGACAACUUCCUAUUUGCCAUGCUGACAGUGUUUCAGUGUAUCACCAUGGAGGGCUGGACAGACGUGCUGUACUGGAUGAACGAUGCUAUGGGCUUAGAGCUUCCAUGGGUAUACUUUGUCAGUCUUGUGAUCUUCGGCUCCUUUUUCGUUCUUAACCUGGUGUUGGGUGUGUUGAGCGGAGAGUUCUCCAAGGAGAGAGAGAAGGCUAAAGCUCGUGGAGAUUUCCAGAAGUUGCGUGAGAAGCAGCAGCUGGAGGAGGAUCUGAAGGGUUAUCUGGACUGGAUCACUCAGGCAGAAGACAUCGACCCCGACAACGAGGAUGAGGCCGAUGAGGAGAGCAAACGCAACCGGGUGACUUUGGCUGACCUUACUGAGAAGAAGAAAGGAAGGUUUGGGUGGUUCAGCCAGUCGUCCGACACUCAUGCGAGCGUUCCAGCCAGCGAAACAGAAUCUGUGAACACAGAGAAUCAAAACGGGGAGGAUGAAAAGACCCCAUGCUGCGGACCUCUGUGUCAAAAAAUUUCAAAGUCCAAGUUCAGUCGGCGCUGGCGCCGCUGGAACAGGUUUUGCCGCAGGAAGUGCCGGUUGGCUGUUAAAUCGGUGCCUUUCUAUUGGCUGGUCAUCAUCUUGGUGUUCUUAAACACCCUCACCAUAUCAUCAGAGCACUAUGACCAGCCUCUGUGGCUGACAGAAGUGCAGGAUGUGGCCAACAAGGUGCUGCUAGCCCUGUUCACAUGUGAAAUGUUGGUGAAGAUGUACAGUCUUGGGCUACAGGCCUAUUUUGUUUCACUGUUCAACCGCUUUGACUGCUUUGUGGUGUGUGGAGGAAUCACUGAAACCAUUCUCGUUGAGCUGGAAAUUAUGUCUCCCCUCGGUAUCUCUGUGUUUCGCUGUGUCCGCCUGCUGAGAAUCUUCAAGGUCACACGUCACUGGCAGUCUCUGAGUAACUUGGUGGCAUCUCUGCUCAACUCUAUGAAGUCCAUUGCUUCCCUGCUGCUUCUGCUCUUCCUCUUCAUCAUCAUCUUCUCCCUGCUGGGCAUGCAAGUGUUUGGCGGAAAGUUCAACUUUGAUGAGACCCAGACCAAGAGGAGUACCUUCGACAACUUCCCCCAAGCCCUACUCACUGUGUUUCAGAUUUUGACGGGAGAAGACUGGAAUGCUGUUAUGUAUGAUGGGAUCAUGGCGUACGGAGGUCCUUCUUCCACUGGGAUGAUUGUGUGCUUUUACUUUAUCAUCCUCUUCAUCUGCGGAAACUAUAUCCUCCUGAAUGUCUUCUUGGCUAUCGCCGUGGACAACUUGGCAGAUGCAGAGUCUCUCAACACAGAUGAGGGAGACAAAAAAGGGGACAAGAAGGAUGAUGACAAAGAUGAAAAGGAAGAAGAGGAGGACAUUGAGGAAACGGCAGCAGAGGAGGAAGACCCCGAAGUUCCAUCAGGGCCUCGACCAGUCAUUUCUGAUCUGGUAAAGAAGGAGAAGAUCACUCCUAUCCCAGAAGGAAGUGCCUUCUUCAUCUUCAGCACCACAAACCCGUUUCGUGUGUUUUGCCACAAACUCAUCAAUCACCACAUAUUCACCAAUCUCAUCCUGGUGUUCAUCAUGCUCAGCUCUGUCUCACUCGCUGCUGAGGAUCCAAUCCGAAACUUCUCAGCUCGCAAUAUUAUACUUGGUUACUUUGACUAUGCUUUCACGGCUAUCUUUACUGUUGAGAUCGUGUUGAAGGUCCUAGGCUAUGCAGAUUAUGUCUUCACUAGUAUGUUUACAUUUGAGAUCGUGUUGAAGAUGACGACAUACGGAGCUUUUCUCCAUAAAGGAGCCUUCUGUAGGAAUUACUUCAACCUCCUGGACUUGUUAGUGGUGGGGGUUUCCCUUGUCUCGUUUGGCAUUCAGUCCUCGGCCAUCUCAGUGGUUAAGAUUCUUAGGGUCCUUCGUGUUCUUCGACCCUUGAGAGCCAUCAACAGAGCUAAAGGGCUGAAGCAUGUGGUGCAGUGUGUGUUUGUGGCCAUCAGAACAAUCGGUAACAUCAUGAUUGUCACCACUCUGCUCCAGUUCAUGUUCGCCUGUAUAGGAGUGCAGCUAUUUAAGGGAAAAUUCUAUCGCUGCACAGAUGAAGCAAAGUCCAGCCCAGAAGAGUGCAAGGGCACGUUCAUCCUGUAUAAGGAUGGCGAUGUGAACCAGCCAACCAUCCACAGACGACUGUGGCACAACAGUGAAUUCAACUUCGACAACGUCCUGAUGGCCAUGAUGGCUCUGUUCACUGUGUCUACUUUUGAAGGCUGGCCUUCGUUGCUAUACAAGGCCAUCGACUCCAACAGGGAGAACCUCGGUCCCAUUUACAACUACCGUGUGGAGAUUUCCAUCUUCUUCAUCAUCUACAUCAUCAUCAUUGCUUUCUUUAUGAUGAACAUCUUUGUAGGUUUUGUGAUCGUCACAUUUCAGGAACAAGGAGAGAAGGAGUACAAAAACUGUGAGCUCGACAAGAACCAGCGUCAGUGUGUAGAGUACGCUCUAAAGGCGCGUCCGCUGAGGAGAUACAUCCCCAAGAACCCUUACCAGUACAAGUUCUGGUAUGUGGUGAACUCCACUGGGUUUGAGUACAUCAUGUUUGUGCUCAUCAUGCUUAACACACUCUGCCUGGCUGUACAGCACUACGGCCAGUCGGCGCUCUUUAACUAUGUAAUGGACAUUCUCAAUAUGGUCUUCACUGCUGUCUUCACCGUGGAAAUGGUUCUCAAACUCAUCGCUUUCAAACCCAGGCACUAUUUCGCUGAUGCUUGGAACACAUUUGAUGCCUUAAUUGUUGUCGGUAGCGUCGUCGAUAUUGCUAUCACUGAAGUUAAUAAACUUGUAGAGCCAACGGAGACUCCUCAGGUGGAUGAGCAGGGGAACACUGAGGACAGCGCUCGCAUCUCCAUCACCUUCUUUCGUCUUUUUCGAGUCAUGCGGCUGGUCAAGCUCCUAAGCAGAGGGGAAGGCAUUCGCACAUUGCUUUGGACUUUCAUUAAAUCCUUCCAGGCUCUGCCGUAUGUUGCUCUUUUGAUAGCCAUGCUGUUCUUCAUCUACGCUGUCAUUGGCAUGCAGGUGUUUGGAAAGGUUGCGAUGGUGGAUGGCACUCACAUAAACCGAAACAACAACUUCCAGACCUUCCCUCAGGCUGUGCUGCUUCUCUUUAGAUGUGCCACUGGAGAGGCGUGGCAAGAGAUCAUGUUGGCCUGUGUGUCUGGUAAACUAUGUGACCCAGAGUCCGACUACAGCCCUGGCGAGGAGAUGACGUGUGGCAGUGGAUUUGCAAUAAUUUACUUCAUUACCUUCUACAUGCUCUGCGCCUUCCUGAUUAUCAAUUUGUUUGUUGCCGUCAUCAUGGACAACUUUGACUAUUUGACACGUGAUUGGUCCAUUCUUGGUCCACACCACCUCGAUGAAUUCAAGAGAAUUUGGUCAGAAUACGACCCAGAGGCCAAGGGCAGAAUUAAGCAUUUGGAUGUUGUAACUCUUCUUCGUCGUAUCCAGCCUCCUCUUGGGUUCGGCAAACUGUGCCCUCACAGAGUGGCCUGCAAGAGGCUGGUAGCCAUGAACAUGCCUCUGAACAGUGACGGCACAGUCAUGUUUAACGCCACUCUGUUUGCACUGGUGCGAACAGCCCUGAAGAUAAAAACCGAAGGUAAUCUGGAGCAGGCCAAUGAAGAGCUGCGGGCUGUCAUUAAGAAAAUCUGGAAGAGAACCAGCAUGAAGCUGCUGGAUCAAGUGGUGCCCCCUGCUGGUGAUGAUGAGGUAACCGUGGGGAAGUUCUAUGCCACCUUCCUGAUACAGGACUACUUUAGGAAAUUCAAGAAACGUAAAGAGGAAGGCCUGGUGGGUGCACAUCCCUCCCAGAACAACACAGCUAUUGCUCUACAGGCUGGUCUUCGCACGCUGCAUGAUAUUGGGCCCGAAAUUCGCCGAGCGAUAUCAUGUGAUCUGCAAGAUGACGAACUAGUAGACUUUAUACCAGAGGAAGACGAAGAAAUUUAUAGGCGUAAUGGCGGACUCUUUGGUAACCAUCUCAUGAACGGUGGUCAUCGACGAUCCAACGGCCAUCAGACCAACGCUACUCAGCGGCCUCUACAGGUGCAGCCGCCACCUCACUAUGCUCACAUGGAGCAGCCGGUGGGACGCCUGUCUCGAGCCAAUGCAAUGUCCCACCCCAACCACCAUCAUCACCACCACCAUCACCACCACCGCCACCACAACUCCGGCUACGGCAAGUCUCCUAAAUCCACCAAUAUCAACCUCAACAAUGCCAACAUGUCCAGUCUGCCCAACGGAGGACACCAUCGCUACUAUGAACAUGCACCUCCCAAUGGCUACCCAGGUCUUCGCAGCUCCUACUAUGACUACGACAAACCCCGGACCCCACAGGGUCAAAGAAGGCGCUACUAUGAGACCUAUGUUAGGUCCCACGGAGGGGAUGGACGCCACGCCACCAUCCGCAGGGAAGAGGAAUUUGAUGAAGACCGCCUUUCUGGGGAGUAUUACAGCGGAGAGGAAUUUUAUGAAGAUGACAGUAUGCUGUCAGGGGACAGGUAUCAGAACAGUGAAACAGAGUAUGAGACUCCCAAAGGUUACCAUCACCCUGACAGUUACUACGACGACGAUGAGCAGCCACUCUACCGCGACUCAAGGAGGUCACCAAAGAGACGGUUGCUUCCUGCCACACCUCAAGGUCACAGGAGGCCAUCCUUCAACUUUGAGUGUCUGCGCAGACAAAGUAGCCAGGAUGAGCUUCCACAUCAGCGUACUGCUCUACCACUGCACCUUAUGCAGCACCAGGUUAUGGCUGUAGCAGGCCUGGACUCCAGCAGAGCCCACCGCCUCUCCCCGACCCGUUCCACCCGCUCCUGGGUCACUCCCCCUGCCACCCCAGCCAGUAAAGACCAGUCACCAUACUACACCCCUCUCAUCCGUGUGGACCACCCACACAGGGAUAGUGUCGCUAGCAGCCAAGUGUCUGUGCGCAAGAGCUCCUGGUAUACAGAUGACCCCGAGUACUCCCAGAGGACGUACUCACCGGUCCACCUGCAGGUGCCACCUGAAUACCAUAACCAGUACCACCAGAAGAGAGGAAGCGCCACCAGCUUAGUGGAAGCGGUUUUGAUAUCAGAAGGGCUUGGGAGAUAUGCCAAGGAUCCCAAGUUCGUCGCUGCCACAAAGCACGAGAUAGCAGAUGCAUGUGAGAUGACAAUAGAUGAGAUGGAGAGCGCAGCCAGCCACCUGCUGAACGGAGGGAUUUCUCCGAGUGUCAACGGGGUCAACGUGUUCCCCCUUCUGACUCCAAGAGACUAUGAACUGCAGGACACCGCAGCCAGCUACAGUGAUGAGGAGCCGGAGACAGAAUCCAGAGUUCCAUAUGAGGAGGACCUGGCAGACGAGAUGAUCUGCAUCACGACUUUAUAG